AUGAAACCAAUUGUAGGUUCAUUACCUUUUAAUGCUAGAAUUGCAGUUGUUGGUGGAGGAGUUUCGGGGUUGACUUUUACUUAUUUCUUGUCCAAAUUAAGACCAGAUGUUAAGGUAACGCUAUAUGAAAAACAGGAUAGAUGUGGUGGGUGGAUUCAUUCUGACAUAAUAGAUGAUGGAGAAGGAAACCGGGUUAUGGUUGAGAAAGGUCCACGUACUUUACGAGGAGUUUCGGAUGGAAGCGUCAUAAUUGUUCAGACAUUGCGAGACUUAGGCAAACAAGAUGUCGUUCAAUACAUCGCUGCAGACUCCGAAGCAAACAGGAAAUUUCUUUUGGAUAAGAAUAAUGUUUUGACUCAAGUUCCUGAUUCACCUAUAAGUGCUUUGAAAUUCUUUGCUGGCUCUCUUGGAAAGGGAUUCAUAUCUGGUAUCUUAGGUGAACCAUUCAGGUCCGCUAAGGUAACUGGAACAGACGAAAGCGCCCACAGUUUCAUCCAUAGGAGGUUUGGUAAUGAACAUAUCAGCAAAAAUGUAUUUAGUGCUUUAUUCCAUGGCAUAUAUGCUGGGGAUAUCAAAAAACUAAGUGCAAAACGAACGAUAGGAAAGAUGGUCGAAAUGGAAAACACAUCUGGAUCUCUAAUCAAAUCAAUGUUUAACAAAAUGAUUAUCAAAUAUAAAAACCGUAAUGAUACUAGAUCACACAAGAUAGAGAUCAGUCCUUUACUUAAAAAGUUUGCAGAAGCGACAGGCCAGAGUGAGAAACAGUUAAUUUCUUUGUCUCAACGAUUGAAGGCUUUUCCAAUGGUGGGAUUCAGAUCAGGAUUGGAUUGUUAUCCGAAGACAUUAUCUGAGUAUAUUACAGGAUUACCAAAUGUCUCUGUCAAACAUGAGGCAGUGGAAUCAGUUAUACCGGGGAAAGAUGGAAAGAAUGUGGUUAUAGUGUCUGAUUCCGGAGAAUCAACCUUCGACCAUGCUCGUUUAACUGUAAAUCCCAAUGUACUCGAGAACAUUAUCCCAUUUGAGCCAUUAGCAAAGAAGCUUAGAGAGGUUCAUUCAAACACAGUUAUAUUAGUGAAUUUCUAUUUGCCACGCAAGGAUGUCAUUUCUAACUACCAUGGAUUCGGUUAUUUAGUACCACAAUCUAACCAAAACCAUGAGAAAUUGCUCGGUGUCAUUUUUGAUUCCGUUAUCGAAAAGAACUUCAAACCUGUGUUUGGCGUCCAAAACGAAUCGAAAAGCCCUGAUGAUGACAAGCGCUACACAAAAGUUACUGCUAUGCUCGGAGGUCACUAUCUGAAUAAUGAGGGCGAACAGAACAUCCCAUCGAAAUCGAUAAUAAUAAACUCUGUGAAAUAUGCUUUUAUGAAACAUUUGCACAUAGAUGAAAACGAUUUGGAAGACGGAACAUGGGAAGUCACAGUUGCCAAGGAUUGUCUUCCCCAAUACCAUGUUGGAUACGACGAUUGGGUCCAACAGACAGCGAAGUUAGUACAAGAACAGUAUUCAAACUAUGUAUCUCUUGGAGGAAUGGCUUUCAGUACAGGACCAGGAGUACCUAACGUUAUAGAAGAUGGAUUUGAAAGUGCGUAUGUGCUAUCCAAAGCUGAAUAA